CGAAAUUUAUAAAUAGUACACCUGGCAACGUGUCGGUACAGACCCGGUAUAUAUGCGGGUUUCAUUCGUAUUUGUUUUGCUCAACUCGGUAGGCGGUUAGUAGCGGACGAAGCGUUCUGCGAGCGGGAUCGUAGUAGGCGUUCUUAUACGGCGACGACGACGACUGUCAAAACACGCGAACCAAAUCAAUAACGCAAGAUAAACAUUACGUUGCGGGUUGUUUUUGAUCGAAUAAGGGUCAGUUCUUUGGUUUUAUUGCGAACAGCAGAUAUAUUACAACAUGAGGAACCGUGAAAAAGAUAGCAACAUAAUUUAUAAAGAAGUUGUUGUUGUUGGCAAUGGACCCAGCGGCAUAGUGGUCUCUCUCAUGUUGAGCGGUUGGUUGCCUUACUUGAUAUCCGAUGAGCAUCCCGACGAGAUGCUGUCGGCCAGGCUGAAAAAUUACGUGGGCAAAUGCCUCGUCACCGAAGAUCUGUGGGAACUAGCUCGCGGCCUAGAAGGACGAUCGCAGAACCCCAUAUCUUUAUUGCUAGACGCGUUGUUACACCCUUACGCCGAUAUCGGGCUUAAAUUCAAAUCGCUGGUCGAGUUUAGGAAGACCGGAGUACAGAUCGACCACGUCGUCCUUGGCAAAGGACCACCGGGCGGCUCCUGGCACAGAAUGGACCCGGACGUCUUAACUUUAUCUCUGGGCAGUUGGAUGGCGCUGCCGGGCAUCCCCUUCCCUUCCAGUUGCGCGAAUGAAAAGCGCGCCUACGCGCGUGACGUGGCCGCCUACUAUGAGCAUUACGUCCGGAAAAUGGGUUUGGGUAAAAAUUUCAAAAGCAACGUGCUGGUGACGUCGGUGACGGCCCGCGUAGCCGACGAAGGACCCGACCCGUGGUCGAGGAAGUUCGAUAAAGCUGACUCGGCGAAGACCUACGUCGAGCCGCCACGCGAGAACCAUGGAAAAUCGUGUUUUAUAGCUGACGCGAUCCACUGCCUCUUCCCUAGGGAUUACAGAUCGAACAAAAGAUCGAACAACGGCCCGCACUCCGGCAACUGUAACCGCAGACUGAAGACGGGGCCCGGAUUCGUGUCGAAACACGAGAGGAAGAAAGAGCUUUGUUGUUGCUGUUGUUGUUGUUGCCGUGAGACGAACGACCAGCAACCCCGGCGGACCUCGGAUUUCCACAAAAAACCCGUGCCUUUCUACAGUAGACUAAGUUCCCCUUCGAGUUGUGAUACGCGUAGCUCUAAUUGGUUAGUGAGGACGGACGACGUAGAUACAGUGACGUACGCCUGCAAGUAUCUGGUGCUCGCUUGCGGCACGUACGACAUGCCGAAUCGGUUGGAGGUUCUCAACGACGAUCCCGAUUGGUUGGUGCACGAUCUGCGCGCCCUCGAACUGAAGCUCGACGAAAUGUUAAAGCUCGGAAAGGUGACCGACCCGGUGUUGAUCGCGGGGGCGGGGCUGAGCGCCGCGGACGCGGUAAUCGCCACCAGGGCGCGCGGCGUGCCAGUCGUGCACGUUUUCAGGAACAAAACGGCCGAAUUCAGCAAGCAGCUGCCUGAGAAUAUGUACCCGGAAUACCACAAGGUCAACCAAAUGAUGAAAGAUGGCGGCGCUUCGUACCCCCUCUACAAGUCGUAUCCGGAAUACGACGUGACCGACGUCGAUCAAAACGCCAGGACAGUGACCCUGAGCUCGAAAACCGGCGAAAGGAUAAAAAUGAACGUAUCACUUGCAGCGGUCCUCAUAGGAUCCAGACCUGACCUAUCCUUUUUGCCGCCCAGCUACAGUUUGGGCGUGCGGGACGAUCAAUCGAUUGAUUCCAAAACGAACCCCGUCAGGAUCGACCCCCUGACGCACCAGGUGCUCGGUUACGACGGUCUCUUCGCAGUGGGUCCAUUGGCGGGUGAUAAUUUCGUGCGGUUCAUUCCAGGUGGUGCUUUAGCUUUAAUUUCGAAAAUAUACAAAUCAGAGUAGGGGGGAAAUCGGGCGUAUAUUUUUUAGCAAUCUUUAGCUGUUCCAUUUUCAUGGGUUGUACGGUACAAGCUGUACGAUUUAACUGUUUCAGCACGAAGAAAAAAAUGUAUUCCAAAAAUCAAUAUUUUAUACGUUUUUCUAACACAAGACGCUUAAAAACAAACGCAAACAUAAAUUUCAAACAAUUAGACCUACGGUGGUUUACAGGGUGGUCCGGGGGUUACAAAAAAAAAUUAAAUACAAAAGUUGUUUCUAUUGAAAUGACCUUUAUUUUUUUUUAAUUUUCAUCGUCACUUUUUAUAUACCAGGUGGUAAACCAAAGUAACAUUUUUUAAAAAUAAAAAUAAAAGAAAUAGACAAAAAAGACAAAUUCUUGGGGUAAGUGGACGCAGAAAAAAAAACUAUUAUAUUUAGGAAGUACAGAACCAAGUAUUUAUUACAUUGGCACAUUACAAAUAAGCAUAUGAAAAAUAAAAACAUAAACUUUCGGAUUCUCAGUCUUAUUAUUGAAAAACUAAAAGAACAAGUUAAUUAUGCUCGCACUUGUCCCGCCAUUGGGGUGUACGUAGGGGAAAACCGGGUAAGAUGACGAGGUUAAGAAGAAACGUAUAUAUUAUUGGUUAUUUAUUAUAAAUUCUCGCAAAACUUUCUCAUAACAAAAUCUUAGGAAUUAUCCUUAUCAAAAAUAAACAUCCAGUAAGUUCAAAAUAUUUAAAAUGUAGUUUAAAUGGAUGAGGAUAAGAUGACGAAUUGACAGAAGUCACAAAGUAAUUUAUUCCAUCAAAAUGACUGCACGCCUCAUGCCACCACAGCUGGCAGGACGAGCAUUGAAUCCACUCCUCCAUCUCCAUCCCGGACACAAUAUAACUUCACAUUCACUCUUUCUUUCGUCAUGUUUUUUCCGAGUUUCAUUUUUCUGUUCGUUAAGUUUCCUUUGGUUUUUCAGCUCUCGUUUAUUCUUUUUUCUUUUUCAAUGGCAAGAUUUUCUUUUUCUUGAAGCUCUUUUUUACCGGUGUGGGCGUUAUAAUUCUUACUGCAAUCUUUUUCUUUUUAGUAAUGGUCUCGUUUCUAGAAGCUCUUGGAAGUGGUUUUAUUUCUUCCACCGAAACUCUUUUUUCGUUGCACUGAUCACUUAUUGUAGAUUUUUGACGGUUAACACUUUCCACUUUUUCUUUCAACGUUUUCAUUCCGCUUGGACCGGGUCGAUCCAUCAGAUCCAUUUCGUUGUUUGCCGAAUUCCCAUCAUCAACAAAUAAGGUUCUUUUUACUGCAUCUGUUUUCGAUCGGUUCAUACAAUUACCAGGAUUCGGUGUUGGAUUUUCAUCCGGAUUGUUUUGCUUUGAUGCAAACUUAAUCAACGGUUGACUGUCCUCGGCCUCACUGUCAGUAUCGUUUAACAUUUCACAAUUCAAAUUUGGCAUUUCUCUAUCUGUGGUUAAAGCUGGUGCAAAAUAAUCGUCAAAUAUAUUCCGAUCAAAUCCAUUUUUUUCCUUGAUAACAAAUGUACCGCUGCCAGCCCUGUAUUACUAGAAUAUACUCGAACCAGAAUUAUAGUGCUUUUACAACCGACCCCGUGAUUAACUUCGUCCACUGUUUAUUACUCCAAAACUGCAGACCCUUACCCGCAACCAUUCCAGGACCGUCCUAGGACUUUAUCUACCUACGCUAGCAAGAGAGAUAUAAGUAUAUUUUCAAUCUUUUUCGCCGAGCAAUUCUUGAAACAUGGACAUAAAAAAAUCAGUACUACCUUCUAUUUCAUUACAUUUCCACAUAGUAUCAUUAUUAACAUUAAUAUUUCAUGUCCGUUUAGUUGUGCUAUUGAAUCGAUUUUGUAGUCUUCAUUAAAAUGUUUUAUUUUUAAUAAUUCCAGUUGUUGUUUUUUCGUGUAGCUCUCGUCAAAAUAUGAAUUAUUUCCGCACGGAGAUUCUUUAAUUUCUUCUCUAUUUGAAUAGGUAUUUGGAUUUUUCCUAAUGAAACGAGGUAUUAUCCAAAACAAUAGCAGUAUUUGGCAACAGUUUAUUUUCAAACCAGUCCUCAAGCUUUCACGUUCUUACCAGAUGAAAAUAAGGCAUCUUCCACCAUUUUCGAACCCAGCGUGAAGAAUUAUUACGCAUUUUUCAUGUGAAGGCACACACUUGUUACUUUUAUCACACCAUCUUUUUUUUACUGUGUCAUGAGUGUCGAACCACGUUUCAUCUAAUAUUGGCCUAUUUUGUUUUGGAAAUUUUUCACUUGUAUUUAAAUAAUCCUCCCUCCAUUGCGCAAUUCUUUGAUAUUCCAUUAGCACCGAAAAUCCAUUUUGUUCAAAAAAGUGUCAGUGUCAGUACUUUUUCAUGCAGGAUUAAAAUUCACUUUAUAAGCGUCGUAUAUUAUACGCCUAAUUAAAUAGGCGUGUUGCUUUUUGAAAACUGGCGAAGUACCAACAUCUUCUCUCACUAUCCUCUUGACUAUCCCACUUGCAACAAUUUUUCUAUCUAUCUUCGAUUCUUUUUUAAGACUAUAGAUUAUAUUCGUGGUAGAUAAAGGCACGUCAUAAGAAUGCAGAUAAAUAUUUAUUAGACUCUUACGAUUAAACAUUUUUUGAAGGUUCCCUACUGAACUGUACCUUCAACACGCACAAAAACUGAAAACAGUGUUGUCUGUGGAAAUGCGGAGCACAAACAUAUUCGCUUUUCAGACAAAAUUGAGGUUAUGUGCAUAGACAAACUAUUAUGUUCGUUUGUUGUUUGCCCUAUGAACAUAGAAAAAUGAGAUUGGUUAUUUGCUAUAAAUUAGCGAAUGCGGGAAGAGAGAUGUUGCUGUUUAUAUAGUCUGGUUUUUGGUCAAUUCAUAAUUUUUUU